AUGGAGGAACAAGACCCAGCAGACCUAAAACCCGGGGAGGACUUGGAGGAAACGUGUCCCCCUCAUAUGUGCCAGAGGGAAUUUCCAAACGGUGUGGUUAAACAGGAACCAGAGGACGGUCUGGCGCGGUACUGGGAAACCCAGUGGCAAGAGUUCCUCAAGAUGGUUGAGUCCUCACACUUGCAAUGGAGGAACCAACGGGCCAUGGGAGGGCCAACGGAGGACCUAAAGGCGCCUCUGGUUCCUUUGGAAGGGGCAGCCGAUGCUAGAAGCCAGCAAAGGCUCGGAAGCUGGCUCGGCCUUGAGAAGGACUCUCAGCUGGAAGACAGCGUUGUGCAAAAUGCCGCAGAGGUGAAGGAGGAGAUUCAAGACGAGACCGUGCAACGCGCGGAGGCCCCUCGCCUCCGCUUCAGGCAGCUGCGCUACCGAGAAGGAGACGGGCCACGGUUCCUGGCUGUCCUGCCCCCCGAGAUCCAGAGCUGGCUGAGGGAGCGCAGAGCGGAGACCUGCGCCCAGGCGGUAGUGUUGGCCGAGGACUUCCUGCGGAGGCAGGGAGCGGCCACAACAGCAGAGAAGCAAGUGAAAGGCACUGAUAGAGGGAGACAGACGUUUAGAAAUGUUGAGUUUGCAGCAGCUGCCACCACAGCACUGCUGUGGAAGAUCUUCAUUGUGUGGUUGAAGAACAUUCUGCGGGCUGAGAGGCGAAAAACAUGCAGCAUUUGCCAGAAAAGUUUCAGCUGGAGCACCGACCUUAUUAAGCACAAGAGGACCCACACAGGAGAAAAACCUUACCAAUGUCUGGACUGCGGAAAAAGCUUCAGCCAGAAAUCAGACCUUAAUAUCCACCAAAGAAUCCACACGGGAGAAAAGCCCUUUAAAUGUUCUCACUGUGGGAAGAACUUCAGCAGGAGCACAAACCUGAAUGUGCAUGAGAGAUCGCACACUGGGGAGAAGCCUUACAAAUGCUCAUACUGCGAGAAAACCUUCUGUGCCGGGUCACAGCUUAUUAGCCACCAGAGAAUACACACGGGAGACAAGCCCUAUAAAUGUUUUGAGUGCGGGAGAACGUUUAGCUGGAGUGCAACCUUCCGAAGGCACCAGAGAAUCCACACAGGGGAGAAACCGUAUAAGUGCUUGGAAUGUGUUAAAAGCUUCAGUUUCAGGUCUGUUCUUCUAGCUCACGAGAGGACCCACACAGGAGAUAAGCCACACAAAUGCUCGGACUGCGGGAAAAGCUUCAGCCAGAGGGCUCAUCUUAAUAGUCAUCAGAGAAUUCACACCGGAGAGAGGCCGUUUCAGUGCUCACAGUGUGAGAAAAGUUUCAGUCUGCGAUCGAUUCUGAUUGCUCAUGAAAACACCCAUGCUUUAGAGAAACCGCACAAGUGUUCAGACUGUGGGAAAGGUUUCAGUAACAAAUCCCAGCUGACGAACCAUCAGAGAGUGCAUACAGGAGACAAGCCCUAUAAGUGUUUUGUCUGUGGAAAAACCUUCAACUUGAGCUCCCUUCUUACUGGACACUUGAGAACCCACACAGGGAAGAAGCCAUACAAAUGCUCACACUGUAAGAAAACCUUUGGUGGCCGGUCCACCCUUGUUGCCCAUGAGAGAACCCACACAGGAGAGAAGCUGCACAAAUGCCAAUAUUGUGGGAAAAGCUUCAGCCAGAAAACAAAUCUGAAUAGCCACCAGAGAAUCCACACCGGGGAGAAGCCACAUAAAUAUCCAGACUGUGGGAAGGGCUUUAGCCAGAAAUCGCACCUCCUUACUCAUUGGCGAGACCACCCGGGAGAGAAACCUUUCCAAUGUGCAUGUUGUGGUAAAAGCUUUAGCGCCAGGUCGACCCUUGUAGUGCAUGAGAGAACCCACACGGGGGAGAAGCCACAUGGAUGCAAAGACUGUGGGAAAAGCUUCAGCCGGAAAGCGCAUCUUGCUAGACACGAGAGGACACACAACUCAGGGAAACCAGUUUUAGCACUGAGUCAAUAG